UAAGGGGAGCCAUUCUAGAGUCAAAUUCAGCCUACUACUACCACUACUACUCCUCCAGCGCGUGUGUCACGGGAAAGUCGCAUUGUUUUGAAGUUAUUCACCGUAGGGGACGUAUUUUGUACUACAAGAAUAUAGGAACACCCAGAUUGAUACAGUUGCUCAUGAUACAACGAUGCAUGAGCCAGAAGUUUUACACUUCCCAGCUCCAGAGAGUCAUGUGGGGUUUUCCAGACAUUCCAUUAAUGAUCCUCAGUUGGAUUCCAUCUUUCAACAUCUUAUUGAUGAACAUCCUUUCAAUACAAAAGUCAAUGUAGUUCUGCCGUGUGCUUCACCUGAACAUUGGAGACUGGAACAGGUGCUUGCUCAAGACAGCGACUUUUACGAAGUUGAAAAUAUACCUUUGUCUGUGUUCUGCACGCCUGUGUUUCUGGAAGCAUUUUUAAAUGCAGGGAAAUUUUACGCAGUAUCCUGUGAUGCCAGGCUGGAUCUCGAUAACGCAGCUGCACUGACCCCAGAAGGCUGGCUUGUACUAACACUGGACAAGAACACUUACAGUAACCUUCGGCUCAAUGGGAAACUGUCUGCUCACAUACUUCGCAGACCGAAGGAAAGAUACAUUGUCAAAAUCAAUUUGAAGAACAAUUUUACCCCUGGGAAACCAUUGUACAAUAAGGUGGUUAAGGCUUUUAAUGAAGUUGUUCUCAAGUUUAAUUUCUGGAUGACUUGGGUUCCCAAUGAUUCCGAGGUUUGCCCGUCAUCUGUUGCCAAGUUCUUCAGUGAUCUUGGUUAUGUGGUCUAUCGCCAGGAAGUGCAAAGCAGAAACAGCACUUUAGUAGACGUGAAUGUUCCAUUACUACUACAGGAAACCAGUGGAGAUGGUGAUGAAAAAGUGGAAAUAGAGCCAGAGCAUUUACUGGAGUGGAUGGGAUGCAUUUCGCUUGGAAUAAAACUGUGAGUAAAUACUUUUUUA